AUGGGGGCAUAUGAACCCAUGGAGAGGGUGGGGAUAGAUUUGCUAGGCCCCUUCCCCCUUACAGAACGGGACAACCGAUAUAUCUUGGUAGCAGGGGAUUACUAUUCUAAAUGGAAGAGGCCUACCCCCUGCCUAAUCAGGAAGCUAGGACGGUUGCUGAAGUACUUAUUAGCAAGUUUUUCAGUAGAUUUGGUGUGCCCAGAGUGUUGCAUUCUGAUCAGGGUCCGAACUUUGAAUCCAAACUAUUCCAGGAAAUAUGUAGGGUGCUGGGGAUGUGAAAAACCAGAACCUCUCCCUAUCACCCCAGUGGAAAGAUUCAAUCGGACGCUGAUAGGGGUGUUGCGUGCCUAUGUUGCUACAGACCAAACAGAUUGGGAGCUAAGGUUACCCUUAGUUACUAUGGCCUAUCGUUCUAGUGUGCAGGAAACUACAUGCACUCAAAACAUGCUGGGGAGGGAAAUAAACAUCCCGCUAACUCUGAUGGUUGAAUCUCCACCUAGUACUCCCGCCCCUCAAAACAUUUUUGUGGAAAAAUUACAGACCAAUAGUAGUCAGGACUUUGACAUUGUGAGAGCCCAUGUCCAAAAACAACAGCGUAGACAAAAAUUAAAUUAUGAUACAAAGGUCCAUGGGGCUGCAUUCGAAGAGCGGGGGAAUGGUAAUGUGGGUUUCUUUGACCCCCUCUGUCUGACGGACGAGGCCCCACCUUGGGAACCUCCAGGGAGGGACCCAGGUGGGUUGUCGCCCACUGAACUGAGGGAAUUGGGGACAGAUAAUCCUUUAGAGUUGGAUCCGGACGAACCGGAAGUGAGUUCAGGGGGAUGCCCAGCCCCUCGGGCCGGGGGACUUCGGAGGCGUCCGCCCGAAUGGAUGAGGUCUGGGGCCCAUGACCUCACCUAA